AUGUCUAUGAACCCCGAGUCUGCUACUCCCCAACAGGGUGAGUUCCGAAGCAAGGUCGCUCCCGCUGAGCCCCUCACAACCAAGGGCCACAAGCCCGGAGUUCUCGUUGGCAACGACGCCGUCCCCGAGUUCCACGCCGAGCAACACCCCGCCGGCACAGCACCCCCCGAGAACACCUUCCAGCCCAACCCCGAGACCGAAGUCCCCGCGCAAGCCUCCGGUGCCUCAGGCGGCGUGUCUGCCUCCGCGACUCUCGGAGGCGCUACAUCAGCUGAUGUGCACACCGGUCUAGGCAAGCCUGCCGCUGGACAGACGAGCCAGGAGCUCCACGGCAAAGAGAAGAAGGAUCGCUCUGGUCUUACGGGUGUUGGUGCGAAUCCCUCUGAUCCUAUUCAUGAUAUGGGUGCGGACCGGGAUCAUCCUACGAACUAUCGUGGAAAGGGUGGUGAGAAUGCGGUGGAUUAUCCUGGUGCGGAGGAUAGAGAGCCUGUUAAGGCUGAGCAGGUUGCGAGUGAGCGCGCUUAA